CUAGAAUUCAGCUUAGCCGACAUGCGCAAUCAAGAACUUUAUCUGGCUCGUUUUCAGCAAGCUAUCGACUUCGUUAACUGCGACAAUUGCCACAGAUAAAAGCUGCUUCAUGUUGGAUACCUGGUAUGGUUUUGGGGUGUGUUUAGUGUCUGCGGGGACAGUGGUUCAGGCGACACGGGCCUGGCCUGAAAGACUUUCAGUUGGGUCCCACUGCAAUUUAGGCUCUGUGCCAUUUUCCAAGCAGCGGUACGCUGCUCGUUCAACCAACACCAGUCGACAGCCCGGUCAAACGCGAGUAACUCGAUGCGCAUAAAGCGCGUCGCGUCAACAUCCAACUUCCACGGAUUCUCUUGGUACAAUUAGGAUGUCUGUUGUUUCUGUCAACACGAGGAACCUUGAAGGCACUUUUCUCUUAAAGAUCCGUCCAUCCUUGAUCACGAAACGCCGAGGCUACUACGCUACAUUCCCCAUCCAGCACCUAUCCGUCGGUGACAAUGAGCCGACUCCCCCUCACUGGCCCCCAAGCGGCAGUGAAGAUGCAGUGGCAAUUGCAUACAUGUCGGGCCAAUAAAUUCCCGCGGCGGCCUUGAUGGCCUUGGAUUAUCACCUGCAAUUCCACCUUGCGUUUGUUUCCAGCACGAAAGAUUGCUGCCAGUUGCUGGCCUAUUUUCCAGAACCGGCAACCAUGGCACACAUCUUCUCCCUUUUCCCAAACGCCAAGCCCGGCUAUGUCGACGGCCGACAGACAGAGGCCGGCGCCACCAAAUUCCCCAAUACCCCUUUCUUCUCUGGGCCACUCAAACCAAACCGAAUCGAAGCCGACAUCUUUGAGCUCGAGACAAGCGGCGAGAUCCCUGGCACCAUCGACGGCGUCUUCUUCCGCGUCCAGCCGGACUCUCAGUUUCCUCCGGUAUUUGAGGACGAUGUCCACUUUAGUGGCGACGGGAGAGUCAGCGCCUUUCGUUUCAAAGAUGGCCACGUCGACUGGAAGCAGCGCUACGUGCGGACCGACCGGUUCCGGGCGGAGAGGGCUGCCCGCAGGGCUUUGUUCGGCAGGUACCGCAACCCCUUUACCGACAACGAGAUGGUCAAGGGGAUCAUACGUACUGUUUCCAACACCAAUGUCAUAUUCUGGCGUGGGGUCCUGCUGGCUAUGAAGGAGGACGGACCACCGUUCGCCAUGGACCCGGUCACGUUGGAGACCAUUGGACGAUAUGAUUUUGAGGGACAGGUGGACUCGCCGACAUUUACCGCUCAUCCCAAGUUUGACCCUGUUACGGGGGAGAUGGUUGCCUUUGCGUAUGCCGCAAGCGAAGACGGUCAACACGCUAGCCGUGACGUUGUGGUUUGGACAUUUGAUGCUCAGACUGGGGAGAAGAAGCGAGAGCAUAGAUAUAAAGCUCCUUUUUGCGGCAUGAUUCACGACGCUGCACUCACCGAGAAUUAUCUCAUUUUGCCGCUCACACCACUCAAGGCCAGCUUGGAGAGGCUUGAGAAAGGCGGCAAUCAUUGGACGUGGGACCCUGAGGAGGACCAGUUCUAUGGCAUAGUUUCCAGGAAAGGAGACAAGGAUGUCGUAUGGCUCAGGGCUGACAACGCCUUCCACGGUCACGUUGCAGGGGCAUAUGAAAACGAAGAGGGUCAUAUAGUAUGCGAUUUGACUAUAGCCGACGGCAAUGUAUUCUACUGGUGGCCUCCUGAAAACUCUUCGUUGGGACCAAACCCUCGCCAAAAGCUCAACGCAGACACGCACCGCUGGACUUUUGAUCCCAAUGGCGGAUCUGGCACACGCGUGGCGCCUGCGGAGCUUUAUGGCACAAAUGGAGAGUUCUCCCGGAUCGACGAAAGGUUCGUGACAAAGAAGUACCGUCAUUUCUGGCAGCUUCAAAUAGAUUCUUCGCGGCCUUAUGAUAUGGCCAAAUGUGGGCCGCCCGCCGGGGGUCUUUUCAAUGUCCUUGGACAUUACGAUUGGGACGCUCCCCGUAAUCAAGACGGCACUCGCUUCAAGGAUGAGUACUGGGCCGGUCCGACAUGUACAUUUCAAGAACCAGUCUUCAUGCCCAAGUCAGCCGACGCAGCCGAGGGCGAUGGCUACGUCAUGGCGCUGGUCAAUCACCUAGACGUCCUGCGCAACGACAUUCUCAUAUUCGACGCGCUCGACCUCGCAAAAGGGCCGAUUGGUGCCUGUCACCUCCCGCUGCACAUCGGGAUCGGCCUCCACGGGAACUUUGUCGACGAGGCUGAUAUGGCGUGCUGGAGGUCGGCCCGGCAAGCCAAAGGUGACAUUGCCUCUGCGCGCCCUGCGAGUGAACCCCUGCCUUGGCAGCGGGAAUUGAUUGCCAAAAGUGUUGCACAAGAGUCAUCUAGAUAGCUUCUAUAUUACGAUGUUACAAUGCAGCUUGACGUUGACGGGCAAAAUGGCCCAUUGCCUCCCUUGAAAGGGUCAAAAAGAUGCAUGUAAACAAGACCAACAAAUACCAUCAGACAAGAAAUCUGACAAUCGCCCCUAUCGACUUGAGCCUGGGCGGGCAAGAGACCCCGAUUUGCCCACUGU